AUGGAUGACGGAUUUGUUAAUUCCUCUGAACGGACAUUCUCUAAUAUUCCUCUCUCUUCCGCUACAUCGGUGGUUAAUUCUUUAUCCACCGCUCGACACUUCAUCCACAUUAAGUUGACCGACAAUAACUACCUGUUUUGGAGAGCCCAUGUUGUCCUGUUUCUUAAUGAUCAUGAUCUUCUUAGAUUCGUUGACGGAACGAAUCCAUGCCCACCGGCCACCCUCUCCGUCAACGGCGACGACACGGCAGUAGUGCAACCCAAUUUGACGCACCAUGCAUGGAUCCGGCAGGACCAAGCUCUAUUAUCCAUUUUGAUGGCAUCAUUUUCCGAUGAGGUCAUGCCCCUCGCUAUCGGCCAUCGCACCAGUCGGGCUGUUUGGACUGCCGUGGUUGGUGCGCUUGCUUCGUCUUCCCGCUCCCGUGGCCUGAAUCUGCUCGACCAGUUGCAAACACUUAAUCAAGGAAACAUGUCUGUGACUGACUAUAUCGGCAAGGCUAGGCUUUUCAUCGAGGAGCUCACUCUCGUCGGCCGACCUAUGACACUUGAAGAACAAAAUCUUUAUGUUCUUCGGGGGUUACGACCAGAGUUUAGGGGGCUUGCGUCGUCUCUCAAUGUGCACGGUCAACUGGUUACGCUCCAAGAGCUUGCGGAUCUCUUGGGCGCGGAGGAAUUCAUGAUGCACGGUGGUCCCCGAUGUGGCUCGCCGACUGCUUUCACGAUGCAAAGAAGAGGCCAGAAGGGUUGCGGCUCCAGUUGUAACAACGGAGGCCGUGGUUCCAGCCAGAACAAUGGCCAAACCAGCCACCCGCGCGAUGGUGGCGGCGGUCGUGGACGUGGUGGAGGACGCAAUGGCAUCUGGCAACCCAAGUGUCAACUUUUUCACGUGUUAGGUCAUACUACUAUCACGUGCCAUCUUCGGUAUGCCAAGGAUCCUCAGGUCAACAUCGUAUAUCAAGAAUCUCCUUCGGAUCCUCAAGGUUCUCAUAGUUGGUUUCCAUAUGCAGGUGCCACCAAUCAUACCACUCCGAACAUAGCUGUUUUCUCCUUCUCAGAAGAGUACAAUGGUAAUGACACGUUACGUGUCGGCGAUGGUAUGGGAAUAUGA